UAUGGUGUUAAGAAGACCAGGCCUCAGGACAGCCUGUUCAGUUGUCUCUUAUUAGACGCAUUCAGUUUUGAACUGAACUGCUUCAGCUUCUUUUGAGCGAAAGUAUGAGGUGAUUUUUAGCUGCCAAGAACCUGAACGAUGGAUGUGAACCACACGACGGUCCUCGACAGUGGUUCACUAGAGAAAGACUCGUCCGCACGUGUCCUGACCGGCUGCUUCCUGUCUCUGCUCAUCCUCUCUACGCUCCUGGGGAACACUCUGGUCUGCGCCGCUGUCACCAAGUUCCGGCACUUGCGCUCCAAAGUCACCAACUUUUUUGUGAUCUCGCUGGCUGUUUCAGACCUGCUGGUGGCCAUCCUUGUGAUGCCUUGGAAGGCUGUCUCAGAGAUUGCCGGCUUCUGGCCCUUUGGAUCUUUCUGCAACAUCUGGGUGGCAUUCGACAUCAUGUGCUCCACAGCCUCCAUACUGAACUUGUGCAUCAUCAGCGUGGACAGGUACUGGGCAAUAUCGAGCCCUUUCCGCUAUGAGAGAAAGAUGACUCCUAGGGUGGCUUUUGUGAUGAUUAGUGUGGCUUGGACCCUGUCAGUCCUCAUCUCCUUCAUUCCCGUUCAGUUGAAUUGGCACAAAGCGCAGAACACUGGCUUUUUGGAAGUCAACAGCUCUUACAGGGCAUCUCUUACAGACAACUGUGACUCCAGCCUGAACCGGACCUAUGCUAUCUCAUCCUCUCUUAUUAGCUUUUACAUUCCCGUUGCCAUUAUGAUUGUCACGUACACUCGGAUUUACAGAAUUGCCCAGAAGCAAAUCAGGAGGAUUUCUGCCCUGGAAAGAGCGGCAGAGAGUGCCAAGAACCGUCACAACAGCAUGGGAAACAGCUCGAACAUUGAGUCGGAGAGCUCCUUCAAGAUGUCGUUCAAAAGGGAAACCAAAGUCUUAAAAACCCUUUCCGUCAUAAUGGGAGUGUUUGUUUGCUGCUGGCUGCCGUUCUUCAUCUUGAACUGCAUGGUUCCUUUCUGUGAACAAAGCGUGCACAAUGGUACAGCAGAUUUCCCAUGCGUCAGCUCCACAACCUUUGAUGUUUUUGUCUGGUUUGGCUGGGCCAACUCAUCACUGAACCCCAUCAUCUAUGCCUUCAAUGCAGACUUCCGUAAAGCGUUCUCUAUCCUCUUGGGCUGCAACAGACUGUGUCCAGGCAGCAAUACCAUAGAGACUGUCAGCAUCAACAACAAUGGGGAUCCAUCACCAGCUUUCCAUUAUCAGCCUAAAGGCUACCUUCCCAAAGAGGGCAGCGUCACCUAUAUGAUUCCUCAUACAAUUCUCUGUAACGAAGAAGAGCUACAGAGAAAGGAAGACAAAUUUGGAGUUAAGACACUGGAGAACCUGUCACCAGCCAUGUCAGGGAAGUUUGAUAGUGAGACAGAUGUCUCUUUGGAAAAGAUUAACCCCAUUACUCAAAAUGGACAAUACGCAACCUAAGUAAGACCGCCAGACACCAGUCAUGUAAACAUCGCAAUUUAAACUUGAUUGAAAUAGUAUUAAUGUACAAAAAAGAAACAUCCGUAAGUGACUUCAGCAUUAGUCCACAAUAAGUGCAGAAUUUAAGAACUGAUCUUCACUGAGGACCUUAAAAUUGUAUUAGUCCAAGCAAUUAAUUAUGACGAAUGUUGUAAAAGCACUUUAUCCUGUAAAACACCUAUCUGCAAAACUGUUUAUACAUUUUCAAUAAAUACAUUAAUAUUUAGUGUAUUUAUUUGAAUAUAUGGUAACAAUGUCAAAUGUAACUUUGAAAAAUUGUGCAUGUGUAAAGUUACAUUAAUUGUGAAUUCUAACCCAUUUGAUGUUGGGUUACUUUACGGCAAAGUAGCAGAGUAGUUAAGCUAUUGAUGU